CAAAGCUUCCAGGAAGCAAACAAUAUCAGCAGUUACAGCACUGCCAGAUGAAAGAUGUUGCUGCAAAUAGUCGUUUUGUUUUCCCUUCUAUUUACUGAGGGACAGUCUGAUGGUUGUGAUAAUAUCUCCAAUCUUCAGAAGAAACAAAAUAUCUUAAGUAUCUUGGCAUGUUGGAACGAGGAGAAAACAUGCAACGGUCUAAAUUCAUUCAACUUCAACAACAUCCGCUAUGACAGAUACAGAAGCUGCAAAGAAAUCCGUCAGUAUGACAGCAAUGCCAGAGAUGGAAUUUAUACUUUGACUACUGAGAAUGGAAUUUCCUACCAGACCUUCUGUGACAUGACUACUGAUGGUGGAGGCUGGACCUUAGUAGCCAGUAUCCAUGAGAACAACUUUUAUGGAAAGUGCACAGUUGGUGAUCGCUGGUCCAGCCAGCAAGGCAACAAUGAAAAUAACCCGGAGGGAGAUGGGAACUGGGCAAACUACAAUACAUUUGGUGUAGCAGAUGGUGCAACCAGUGAUGACUACAAGAAUCCUGGCUAUUAUGACAUUAAUGCCGAUAAUGUGGGUUUAUGGCAUGUGCCGAACAAGACUCCACUUCCCCUGUGGAAAACCACCGCUAUUCUAAGAUAUCACACAAAAAGUGACAUCCUUUCAGCCCAUGGAGGAAAUCUCUUUAAUCUAUACAAGAAAUAUCCUGUAAAGUUUAAUGUUGGGACAUGUCCUGCCAAUAAUGGACCUUCUUCUCCAGUUGUUUACGAUAAGGGAAGUGCAGAGGAGACAAUUAGACUUAAUGCACCUCAUACAAAAAAGGAAGCCACUGGCGGUUUUAUCCAGUUCCGAGUAAUCAACAAUGAAAAGGCAGCAAUUGCUUUAUGUCCUGGAGUAAAAGUCAUCAAAGGCUGCAAUGCAGAACAUUACUGCAUUGGAGGAGGUGGUUUCUUUCCAGAGGCGAGUCCCGGGCAGUGUGGAGACUUUACAGCGAUGGCCUGGAGUGGCAUCGGCACACACAUUGACUGGAGCGCUAGCAAGGAAUUAGCAGAAUCCGCUGUACUAAUCUUCUACCGCUGAGCUCCCUGUACAAAUGCUGUAUCAAUAACUAGCUUUGUUUUUAUGCUGCUUGUGUUGUAAUCACAAAUAUAACAU